AUGGCGUCAGCACAGCCUCCCAUGCUGGCGAAGGGCAUGUGGAAGGAGCUGUGGGAGUCCAGGGCAUGGCGCCUCUUCCCGCUCAUCCUUUUAUAUGUAGGUACAGAACGCCUCCACCUCACCCACAUCCCAACAGCCCUCACCUUCCUGGUGCCCCAUCUGCCCACCUUGCUCACCAACGACUUUGCUUCCCGCCGUGCCGGGCGCCAGCUGCACUGCGAGGACUACGUCGUGGCCGAGGCCCCCACGGCCUGUCGUGACGCCCACUCAGAGGUGGUUGCCUGGUCCAGCGGGGCCUCCUUCCUCUCCAACACCGUCAUCAGCCUCUUCAUGAUCCCCAUGGUGGGCCACUGGAGCGACCUGUAUGGGCGUCGGCCCUUCAUGGCCGCCCCCCAGCUUGCCUCCCUGGGCAGCCUCGGCGUGGUCCUGCUCCACCUCCGAAUUGGGCUGCCGCUGUACUGGUACUACGUCGUCCAGGUGUGCAUGAGCGGCUUCUCUGCCCUGGCGGUGAAUCUGGCCUUCCUGGCCGACACCCUGUCCCCGGUCAACCGCCCGCCGGCCUUCGGCCUGGUGCUGGCCGUCUUCUCAGCCGCCGUCAUCCUGGGGCCCACACUGGGCAGCCACCUGGGCGCUGACCUGGCUGUGAAGGCCGCCAUGGUCGUGGUGCUGCUCUGCUCAAUCUCCACCCUCACCCUCCUUCCGGAGAGCCUGCCCAAGGAGGCCCGGGGCCGGCCUCCCACGUCGCCGCAUGCCCGCCAGCCGCUGCCCGCCUGGCGGGCGGUGACCAUCCUCACUCGCUCCCGCCUCUUCAUCACCCUGACGCUGUGCAUGAUGCUGAUGGGGAUGACGGCAGAGGGCAUCCAGGACCUCCUAGUGCAGUACCUGCAGCUGAAACUGGGCUUUGGGGUGCAGGACCAGGCCCACCUGUUUGUGGUGCUGGGCGUGGGGGGCCUGCUGGUGCAGGGCCUCCUGCUGCGGCCCCUCCUGUCUCUGGCCGGGGACAAGUCAGUGCUCAUGCUGGGCCUGACGGCCUCUCUGGUGCAGCAACUGGCCCUGGCAGUCGCGGGGACCAAGACCCAAGCCCUGGCUGCAGUGGGUCUGGGCGCCAUCGGGUCUGUCACCUUCCCUGUGAUCAGCUCCCUGAAGGCUAACAACGCCAGACGGGAUGAGCAAGGUGCUGUGCAGGGUGCCCUGAUGGGCGCGCGGGCGGUGGCCUCUGGCUUUGGACCCAUCGUCUUCUCCCUGCUGUUCGCCGCCUUCACCCGCUCCGACUCGCCGCUGCCCUACUUUCCGGGUGCCCCUUUCCUCCUGGCGGCAGCCCUCACCCUGGGGGCAGCGGGGGCAGCCCUCAGCAUGCCCAUCCCCUGGAUGGUCACAGCAGCCAAGGCUGAGGAGGGGGUGGCCAUGCCAGACCCCCCAGGAGAGGUGAUCUGGGAUCGGGAGGGUCCUGAGGACCUGGAGCAUGCCAUGCUUCCCGUGGAGGCCAGGCCCCUCCUGUGA